AAGUGAAGGAAUCCUAUGGCAGUGAAAGCGCCGGAUGUGCUACACAGCGACACGCAGAUGUGGUCGUUCUGAGAUGCUAAGUGAGGCUGUGUCCAGCAAGUCCGGGCGCCGCUACCGGGCGCCGUCCUCUGGGCCUGAGAGGGGCUGGCCCGGGGGUGGCCGCCCCUCCCGGCCCCGCCCACGCUGCCGGCCCCUGUUUCCGGGAGGGAUUCUCGAGGCCGGCGCACAAGAUGGCAGCUCCGAUGGCCCGGGAGGGGCGGCCGCAGCUCGGCCUUCGACUCUAGCUCGGGGCUGGGGGCGGGAGGUCGGCUUUGCCGAGUGACUGGUGGUCGGGCGGCGCCGCCGGGCCUCGUGUGUGUCCGGCCGCGUAUCUCUCCCUUCCGGUUCCCGUCGCCUCCCCGCCCCCGUCCCGGGUGGGAACCGAAGGACGGUCAGGCCCGGUCGCCCCGCCCCUCCUGGCCCCGGGCGGUCGCUGAGCCGGGGAGUGAUUGACGCCACGUGCAGCUUCCAUGGCGGCCUCGCAGGCCUCGGGGGAGAAGAUUAACAUCCAGGCGGGAGAGACGGCCAAGGCGGGGGACCAGGACCCGUUGGAGAACGGCUACCCCGAGCCCGACCGGCCACCUCCGCGCUCCUGGAGGCAGAAGUGCGCCUCCUACGUGCUGGCCCUGCGGCCCUGGAGCUUCAGUGCCUCCCUCAGCCCCGUGGCCCUGGGCAGCGCCCUGGCCUAUAGAUCCCAGGGCGUCUUGGAUCCCAGGCUGCUGGUGGGCUGUGCCGUGGCCGUCCUGGCUGUGCACGGGGCGGGCAAUUUGGUUAACACUUACUAUGACUUCUCCAAGGGCAUUGACCACAAAAAGAGUGAUGACAGGACCUUGGUGGACCGAAUCUUGGAGCCCCAGGAUGUUGUCUGGUUUGGAGUCUUCCUCUACACUUUGGGUUGUGUCUGUGCCGCUUGCCUCUAUUGCCUGUCCCCCCUGAAACUGGAGCACUUAGCUCUCAUCUACUUUGGAGGCUUGUCCGGCUCCUUUCUCUACACAGGAGGAAUUGGCUUCAAGUACGUGGCUCUGGGAGACCUUGUCAUCCUCAUCACCUUUGGCCCCCUGGCUGUGAUGUUUGCCUACGCCGUCCAGGUGGGGUCCCUGGCGGUCUUCCCGCUCCUCUACGCCAUCCCCCUGGCCCUUAGCACUGAGGCCAUCCUCCAUUCCAACAAUACCAGGGACAUGGAGUCUGACCAGGAGGCUGGCAUCGUCACGCUCGCCAUCCUCAUCGGGCCCACCCUCUCCUACGUGCUCUACAACACGCUGCUCUUCCUGCCCUACCUGAUCUUCAGCGUCCUGGCCACGCGCUGCAGCAUCAGCCUGGCGCUCCCUCUGCUCACCAGUCCCAUGGCCUUUUCCCUGGAGAGACAGUUCCGAAGCCAGACUUUCCGCAAACUGCCCCAGAGGACUGCCAAGCUCAACCUCCUCCUGGGACUUUUCUAUGUCUUUGGCAUCAUCCUGGCCCCAGCAGGCAGUCUGCCCAAGCUUUAAGGGGUCCAGUAGCUCCCUCCACAACAUGCCCCCCUUCUUGGGAGGUGUUGAAGUCAGAGUUCCAGGAAGGAAAUGUGCUUGGAGUGAGGUUCCUGAGGAUGGAAUGUGAACCCAUGUGUUUUUUAUCAUUCUGAUUUUAAAGAUGUCUGCUGAGUUUUUUCCGUUUUAUGGGGAAUCUUGAAACCACUCUGUAUUGGAAGGAGGUGAAUUGGAUGCACAGUCCUUUUUUAUUUAUAAUUUCCACUAGAGGGUUUUGUCAGGUCACUUUAAAAUGGGCAGAGAUUUCCCCUCUCUUACAUGCAAAAUGUCCCAAGACUGUGAAGGAGCUGCCCUGCUCGGCCUCCUAUCCUGAGAGAGCCACAGUGGCAAGGUGAAGUGUCCUUCUGUAAUCUGGGCCUUGUAGGGUGUGGUGUGAUGGGUGCACAUGGGGUGCAUAUUAGCGUGGGGGGGGGGGGCGUGCCUAACUCUUAAACUCUUGGCACCCAGGUCCUAAAAUAUGUUGCUUGAGAGAGAGAGUCCCUCAUAACAGCCUCGAGUGGCUCCCAGCUUUAUGUUUAAAUUGCCAUUCAGAAGCUUUUGUCCUUCUUCUCACCUCUCACUUAUUGCCACAGUUAAGGGAAAGUGUUAGAUCCCCCUGCAGCAAGACAGUCAAGCCUGGGAUGGGGGGGGGGGAGAGAAACACACCCUGGAGGCAGCAGAGAAAAUCACUCUGGUAUUGAAUAGGAAUUGAUAGAGCAGCUGUUGUCCUUGGUAGACUCCACUAGAAUGACAGCAAGGACUCCCAGCCCUUUCAGUAACUAUUAGGAACCCCAGGAUUGUAGAAGCACCAUCACCCUCUCGGGCCGUUUAAAGCCCACGUGGCUUUUUCCUCCCACUCAUCUCUCCUAAUGGUCCUCAUUUGUGUGGCCCCCAUAGUGGAGCCAGGCCCUGGGGCUGAGUCAGUUGGUUGUCACUUUCCACAGCCACAGGAUGGGCAGACCGGGGACAUCCGCUCCCCUGAUGAACGUAUAAGCCACUGGACACACAGCCCUGAGCCCUGUUCAGCUUGAACAGCAGUCCUGGCCAGGGAGGAACUUUGUCUUCUUCCUUGAAGAUGCAUAUAUGAUCUUGACUCUGCCUGUCCCAGUGGCUUCCGCUGCCUGUGCAGAGAGAUUGAGGGCCUUGGUGAGGUCACACUACACGGGGGGAAUUCCAGCAUUGAUCAUCGCUGGUUUUCCUGUCACUGCCCAGGAAGCCUGAUUUCUGGGCUGGAACUGCUCAGUUGCAUUGGAUCCGAGGCUGGACUAGGUUGUGAGCACCAUCGGCAUUCUUUCUGGGAGGUUAUAGUCAUUCUGGUAGGUGUUCAAGGUCUUGGCCAGUAGGAAAUGACAUCAGAGCUAGUUCUUAAUCCUUCAAAUCAGAAUAAUUAUGAUUUGGCUACUUGAGAUUUGGUCAGCUUACUUGGAAAACACAUAUCUGGAAAUUGCAGAAGUUCCUCUGAGUUAAAUGUGUGUUGUUUAUCAGAGACCCAGGAUCCUUGAAUAGUGGUCAGUGUCAGGGAGCAGGGAAGGGAGAUGACCCUUCUCUCCCCUGCCUUUCCUCCCAGCACCAUUUUUGUUUUAUGCCACACUUGUGGCGUUUCGGUGCUCACAGGGUCCCACCUGCGAAGACAAGCUCUCCUGGCUCCAACUCAAGCAGGGCUUACCCCUGAGGCUGUAGGACCGAGGACACCCCAAGUCCACAGACAGACCUGUCUGUUUAGCCGCUGCCCAGUUCUGGUGCAGAUUUUAAUGUACAUUUAUUUAUAUACACAUUUCCAAAAGGCCAGAGUUGGUGCCAGGUUUUAUACACAGGUCACCAUCAUUUGUAUUAUGUCCUGUGACUCGGAAGGUUUUCUUUAGAUUGUUAAUUAAAACAAUAAAUAAAAGGAAUGAAUAUGUUCAUCA